UGUAGCAUUUGAAUUAUAAAUUUCUGGAUUGAAGGCAGCACAACCGGGUGCCCACCACCAUGAUCAAUGCCAAGUUCAACGAGUACUCUCAGAUACUGACUGUAUCGUAAUGGAUUAUCCAGUUAAAUCAUAUUGACGAAACUUCGGAGUCCGGACUCUGUACGGCACCUCACUAACUUCAACCAUACACUUGGCCUGCAUCUAAUCACGCGCACACUAUCCUUCGCAAGAAUGAACUCGGGAGAUUCAUCGUCAGAAGACAAAAGCGCGGGCAGUCUUGCAGUAAUCAAACAACUUCCCCCUGACCUCCUUCUCAUUAUCUUCAUUCAUGGAUUCAAGGGAACUGAUACGACAUUCGAAAACUUCCCUUCGAGGCUAGAGCAUGUCCUGAAGGAAACCGUACAAAAUCUCAGGGUGGAAUGUGUACUAUUCCCCGCAUACGAGACCAAAGGACAACUGAAUGCUGCAGUAGAACACUUCGCCGACUGGCUAACUACUCUGACCGUACAGAGAGAAGUCGCGGAUGGCAAAGGGGGAGGAGCUGGGAAAGCCAAGAUUGUAUUAUGCGGCCAUAGUAUGGGAGGGUUGCUUGCUGCUGAUGCUUUACUGGCAUUUGUGAAUUCAAGACCUGACAAAGACGCUCCACUGUGGCCGAAGAUCAUCGCAUGCAUAGCCUUCGAUACACCUUACCUUGGCCUUCACCCCGCUGUAUUCAAGAACAGUGCGACCAAGGCCGUAGAAAUCGCCAGUACAGCACGCACCGUUGUUUCAGAUGUGUUUUCAUUGUUUGGCAAGAAAGGAGCAUCAUCGACAGGCUCUGGGCAACCCGCUCUUGCUAUAACAGCAGCCCCCCAUGCGGAAAGUGGUUGGGGAAAGUGGGCUCCUGCAGCGUAUGCUGUUGGUGGAGCGCUGGUGGCUGGCGCAGCUGCUGGAACAGCAUACUACCGCCGAGAUGACAUUGGUUCUGGAUACAGCUGGGCUACUGAUCACUUGAACUAUGUUCGCAACCUCUGGGAUGAGGAGGCUUUGCGAAAACGUAUGCGAGAUUUGAUUGAUGCACAGGUACACCUUGGUGUCAUAUUUCGCUCAUUUUACACCUUGCUUCCACCGGCUCCGCCUUCAUUCUCGUCGCCGAGGACAUUCGCCAUCCUUCCUCAGCGGACAUCUCGCAUAGCUGCGCAUUUCAUUCCCGCAAGAAACAAUCAAGCUGCGGAUGAAGUUCAAGCGCACACCAAUAUGUUCAAUCCAAGAUCUAAUGAUGGCUACUACCAGUUGGGGCUCGAUACGGCCAAGAUCAUUCGGGAAGCUGUCAUGUCAGCUAGAGGUAUUACUGAGAGUGACGAUACCGAGGCUCGAAAGGAUGUUGAAGCAGCUGCUGCAAUGGAAGAGACGUUGCCUGACCAGGUGGGAAAUGACGCAAAACCGGAGUCAGCAAUGGUGACAGUAAUUCGUUAAGUGUCAAAUAUAUAGCUGUAAACUAUUAGUCUGCCCCAGUUUCCUUCGUAUUAUUGCUCAUGCUC